AUGGCAGACGCUGUAGAACAGAGUCCAACCAUCGACGCACAAAAGAACGUGCCUUCCAGUUCAAACCCCGAUCGGGUGCGAAAGCCGCCAAAGCUCCAGCGACGAGGUGGUCCAUCAGACGCAUCAAAAUCGGUGGAUCCUGCCCCAGAACCUGAACAACCGCCUGCAGAAGCGGCAAAAGCGGGUGAAGCAGCAGUAGCAGAAGCGCCAGAAGAAACUGAGACUAUGGACCCGUCCCCAGACACUGAAGAAACACAAAUUGACCGGGAUACCCGAUCCACAUCUUGGAGUGAAGGAGAACAGCCACAACUCCAACCAGAACAGCAGCCACUGCAACGGCAGCGAUCCGUCAUAUCCGUGACUGAGAGUGUAUCCUCUCCGUCAUCAUCCACCCCUGCCAGUGCAGACGCAUAUUAUCGACAGACCCGUCGACGCGGCCAGCGAGGAGAUAUGAGACGCCAGCAACGUGAACAGCAACAGGCGCUGGCGCUGCCCGCUUUAGGCAAUGUAGGGGAUGUGCCAGGGAACCUCACCCAAGGUGUUGGCGACUUGGCCCAGAACACCGCCGGCAGAGCUGUCGGCACGCUCGGCAACACGGCCGGAAAGGCGCUGGGCCGAAGCAUUAUGGGGGGUAGAAAUGACACUCAAGUCCAGCAGCAGGGACAACAGGAAGUUGGGAAGAAGAAGGAUGAACAGCUGCGCCUGCGUCUAGAUUUGAAUUUGGACGUUGAGGUACAGCUCAAGGCUAAGAUCCAUGGUGAUCUUACGCUCCAGCUCCUGUAUGUUGCUUUCCAUUCCCUUUGUUCUCUUCGUCUUCUUCCCGGUUGGAGUGCGAGUUCGUUUAUGCCAGUUUGA